UCGAGCACUCAGCCUUCGUGUUCCCCUGUCAAACCGACCUGACAGAAAACUGCUCUCUCGCCCGCCCCUUUAUCAGACCACUCUUAUUAUACAGAAAAUUCCUGAACUGCUCGAAGGAUUACCUGUUCGGGUUCUAGGUUUCCGGCGCUUUUGAUUUUGCAGGCUUCAAUCGGAAGCGAUGGGAAAAGCAAAGAAGGCCCAAAAAUUUGCUGGCAUGAAGAAGAUAGUCACUCAAAAAGCUAUUAAAAAUUACAAGGAACAAGUUUUGAAUCCUAACAAGAAAGACCUGAGCAAGGAAAAACUCCCCAGAAAUGUGCCGAAUGUUUCUUCAGCGCUUUUCUUCACGUACAACACCUCCUUGGGACCCCCUUAUCGGGUUUUGGUGGAUACCAACUUCAUCAAUUUCUCCAUCCAGAACAAAUUGGAUUUGGAGAAGGGAAUGAUGGACUGCUUAUAUGCAAAAUGCACUCCUUGUAUCACGGACUGUGUGAUGGCUGAACUUGAAAAGCUAGGUCAAAAAUACCGUGUAGCUCUGAGGAUUGCUAAGGAUCCUCGUUUUGAAAGACUGCCAUGCACUCAUAAAGGAACCUAUGCGGAUGACUGUAUUGUUGAGAGAGUUACACAGCACAAAUGCUUUAUUGUUGCUACAUGUGAUCGAGAUUUAAAGCGAAGGAUUCGUAAGGUUCCUGGUGUGCCAAUCAUGUACAUCACUCAGCACAAAUAUUCAAUUGAACGACUUCCUGAAGCAACCAUUGGUGGAGCUCCAAGAUUCUGAUAUGAAGUGUAAUGCUUCAGCAGUAGUGAUCUUUAGAUUCUAUUCUGAUAAUCCACUGCUCAGCUCUUUGUCACGGAUAAGUGGAGUCAAGCCCAUAAGGUUACAGUGGGUUGCGAGUAUAGGUCAGCAAUUUACUUAGGGAUCAACUGCUCAACCAAUGCAACACCUACUUCUAGUGUUGUUUUAUUUCUUUUCCAUUUAAAAACACUUCAGUGAAUGUAUGACCCUUAUGGUUGACAUCAUGAGGUCUAUUUGCCCCAAAGUUUUGACUCUCUUGAGUUGUCCGUACGAUUGUUCUCCUACCCGGCAUGAGUGUUAAAAGUAUUAUAUACAGUAGUUGCUAA